GCCAUGGCGCUGAGCCCAACGUUCGACAUCGACGCCCCGCGAUGGGACCAGACCACCUUCAUGGGGAGGCUCAAGCACUUCUUCAACAUCACUGACUGGCGGACGGCGCUGCUGCCUGACUCGCGCUUGGAUGAGGCCAAAGCGUUGGUGGAAAGCUGCAGGGCAGGUUCCGUUCCACCGGGUACCACCGAGGAGCAACUACACUAUGCCAAGAAACUUUACGACUCAGCUUUCCACCCAGACUCGGGCGACCGUAUGAACAUCAUCGGCCGCAUGUCUUUCCAGGUCCCCGGCGGCAUGGCCAUCACCGGCUGCAUGCUUCAGUUCUACAGGACGGUGCCUGCUGUCGUGUUCUGGCAGUGGGUCAAUCAGUCCUUCAACGCUUUGGUCAACUACACCAACCGUAACGCCGCCUCACCCAUCACUCCCAAGCAGAUCGGCGUCGCCUACGUGACGGCUACUAGCACGGCCUUAGCCACAGCGGUGGGACUCAAUCUCUACACGAAGAGAGCACCCCCGCUGGUGGCGAGAUGGGUGCCUUUUGCAGCUGUGGCGGCGGCCAAUUGUGUCAACAUUCCCAUGAUGAGGCAACAGGAAAUAUUGAACGGCAUCGCCGUCACUGAUGAGAAUGGCAACAAGCUGGGCCACUCGCAGAAAGCAGCGGUGAAAGGCAUCACGCAGGUUGUCAUCUCGAGGAUCACCAUGGCUGCACCGGGAAUGAUUAUCCUCCCUAUCAUCAUGCAGCGACUGGAAAAAUAUAAAUUUAUGCAGAGAAUCACAUACCUCCACGGACCCAUUCAAGUGAUGAUGGUGGGCGUAUUUUUGAUCUUCAUGGUACCAGCAGCGUGCUCCAUCUUCCCACAGAGAUGCUCCAUUGCAGUAUCAAAACUGGAGCCCGAACUCCGCGACUCCAUUACAUCCAAAUACGGCGAUGGCGUGCAGCGCGUCUACUUCAAUAAAGGCCUCUGA